UUCAUUCAUUCAUGGACUGCGUGAGCGUGAGCCGUUGAUGGGCACAAUUGUUUUGCAUUUUGCAUUGCCUGUUUAUGCUUUAAAUAUUUAAGUAAGCAACCACAAUGGCGGUGCUGGCGGCUGCUCAGCUGCUCGAUGAGUUGAUGGGCAGACAUCGGAAUACAAAUCCAAACGAAAAAAUUAAGAAACCUAACUGGGAAGAUCCUGAGUACUGUAAAUAUUAUAUGGUGAAGUUCUGUCCGCACGACUUGUUUGUGAACACUAGAGCUGACUUGGGUGCAUGUCCCAAAGUACAUGAUGAUGAAGUUAAAGAACUGUUUGAAAAGGCUGAGACCUCUUAUAAGAAGGCACAAUAUGUCGAAGAGUUUCUACGGUUCUGCCGUCAUAUGAUCAAUGAUGUUGAGAGAAAAAUCCAAAAAGGUAAACAAAGAUUGGAGCUCAUGAAUUCUAAGCCUGAUGGACCUCCUAUGACCCAAGCUCAGACUGAGAAAAACCAGGAACAGGUGCAAUUACUAUCAGAAAAAAUAACAUCGUUAGUGCAGGAGGCCGAGGAAGCUGGGACUCGUGGAGAUGUGGAGCAGGCACAAGGCCUCAUGAAGCUUUGUGAUAGACUGAAAGAAGAGAAAGAACAAUUGUUGAAACAACAAGAGAAUAGUCAUUGGUCUAUGACGGCUGAGUUGGCAGCCGCACAAGAAAAGCAGAUGGAAGUUUGUCCAGUGUGUGGUGCAUUCCUCAUUGUUGGGGAUGCACAACAGCGUAUUGACGACCAUUUGUCUGGGAAACAACAUGUUGGUUAUUUUAAACUGCGGCAAGCCUACGAGGAGAUGAACGAAGCGCGGGAAAAGGAACAACAAGAGAAAGAAAGGAAACGUCGGGAAGAGAGAGAAAAAGAACGCAGCUCUCGUAGUGGCGGACUGGGGUCGGAUCGACGAGACAGAGAGCGAAUGGAACGUGACCGGGAACGCGAUAGAGACAGGAGUGAUAGAGGGGAUCGUGGCGAUCGCGGCGAUCGGGGUGAUCGAGGUGAUCGGGGUGAUCGGGGUGACCGGGGUGAUCGGGGUGAUCGGGGUGAUCGUGUUGACCGUGGUGAUCGAAAUGACCGUGGUGAUCGAAAUGACCGCGCUGAACGCGUUGAACGUUCUGAACGCGGUGAACGUGGUGAACGCAUUGAACGUGGUGAUAGGGAGAAUAACGAUAGGAAGGAACGCGAGAAGGACCCGAAGGAUAGGGAAAGGGAUAGGGAACGUGAGAAAGAAAGAGAACUACGGGAGCGCCAUAGAUCAAGCCGAGAAAAGACCAACCGUCAUGAGGACCGUGAGCGGGAACGAGAGAGGGAUCGCGAGAAGGAACGGGAGAGGGAGCGGGAGCGCGAACGCAAGCACCGCAAGGAGAGAAGAUCCCCUCACGACCGCUCGCGGCGACGUUCACGCGACCGCCACUAGCUAAUGACUGAGGUAUCACAAAUGCGCCUGAAAUCGUUGGAAAGCCAUAGACGAAGAAGCCCGGAUCUCGCUGCUACCGCAACGCGUCAUCAUCAUCGCAUCAAAGAGGUACAUUUGAAAUUAAGCACCCGUACAGAAGAGGCGAGGCGCACCGCGCGCCGUACCGGACGUUCUACACUUGGCCAUCGGUUUCGAGGUGACAUAGAAUAGUCACACGUAUAUUAAGAAUUUCAAUGUUAGCACCAAAACUUGGUUAAUGAAAUGCAUGUAGCCGAAAGUCCCGCGUUACAAGUGGACUUGUUGUUAUAUUAGAUUUUAAAUAUUUGUAACAGUGUAGAUAUCACUGAUAUUUGAUCUUUAGGAAGGUCACUGUUUUUUUCUGUAAACCAGUUCCUCUGAGGAGUCAUCAGGUAUUUAUCAAAUUAUUUUUUAUCCUUACUUAUCGUAAUGAUGUUAAAAUGAUUUAUUGUGUAUGUUGGGAAUGAGCUGAUAGCCAAUGUCAUGAAGGAAUAAACUAUUUAAUUCAU